CUAGUGUGUCAGCAUCCGAUGUUGAGACAAGACGUGUUUUUCGAUGAGCGAACACUUUCUGAAAAAAUCGGUAUCUUAUUACCCAAGACAGUCACAGAAAUGUACAGUCAUACUCCUAAGAGGAAAUGUAUGGAUGAGCAGUGUUUGUACACCGAACGUGUCUUUGGUGCUUACGAGAGGCCAGGGAUGGGCUUCCUGACUACGCCCUUCACACAAGGGACCUAUGUGGAGGUUGAGCCCCCUAGAAAGAGAUUUCACACAGGCCUUGAUCAAAGAGUGUUACAAAACACAGGACCAACUCAUAGAGAAGACAGAUUGGCACAAUCUGGGGCAAAUCAGCUGUUGAAUGUCAGACAAAUACAAAACUUCAUAGCCUCCACAGUCCUUCCCCAUCAUCGCACAUUGAUUAGCUCUGACGGCAUAAAAUGGUCAAACAACCAACCCGAGAGGAGACCAACUCCACAGAGAUUUCAAAGAAAGGCUGAGGACUUGCAUCCUGCAUUUAUGCCGUAUGCAGUGGAACUAAAAAAUCAGGCACAGACACAAUUCAAUCCUCAGACCAAUGAUGUUGCGCACAGAGCAACCAUUAACAAUCAUGAGUUUACAGAGGGAAAGGUUACCAAUUUCCCCAGGGGAAAUUACAUCCCCCAUGCAUCCAUAGAAAAAGUCAUCAAUAUCCCUAAGAGAUUUAGUGAACUGGAAGAUGAAGAUAUCAUCUUUAUUAUGGAGGAAAAUCCAAAUAAAACUUCAACUAACCCUCAAGACUUCAGUGUCACCCAGGGAACGACCUUUAUCCCCCAGGGAUCCAGAAUCCCUCAAGUGACACAAGACCAUGCCAUCUAUAUGCAUCAGGGAUUCAGCGUCACCCAGGGAAUGGCCAAUAUCCCACAGGGACCCAGAAUCCUUCCACAGGCACAAGACGAUCUUAUCUGUAUGCCUCAGGGAUUCAGUAUCACCCAGGGAAUGCAAGAAGAGACUACCUCUAUCGCUCAGAGAAGCAGAGUCUCCCAACAGACACAAGACGAUGUCAUCUGCAUGUCUCAAGGAUUCAAAGUCCUUCAGGAAACACAUGAAGAUAUAUUCCUUACCGCCUACGGGAUUCAAGAGCGCCAAAAAGCAGAGAAUGAUAUCAUUUAUAUCUCCCAGGAAAUCAGUAUUCCACAGGGUACUCUUGAGGAGAUCAGCUUUGCCCCUCAGGGAAUCAAUAUUCCUCUGGGAAAACAAGAACAGGAUCCAGUCACUUGUGACCUCAGUAAUGAAGUGGAUUUUCAAAGACCACCGGCAUGGGAAACUCCUGCAGGACGUGUGACAACCACUGAAUUGUCUGCUCAUAACCAGCCUCGUUCAGCCACUAUCCCAUGGGGUCUUGUUCCACAAACUAAGACAAUACAAGCCGAGGUACAACAUGAGCAAACCCCAAAAGGGAACUCUGCAGACAAUGUGGAGACACAUCUUACAAACAUAAAUGCUGAGUCAGCCUCCCAGUUCUCAAUAGCCGAAAGAAGCAGGGCUAUAGCAGCAGAGGUGUUCAGCGAAGCUGCACGGUAUGUUGCCCAAGAAAACGUUGAUGAAAAGUCAAGACUUGAAGUUACAACUGACCACGAGCAUGAAAGGCACACCUUUUCAAAAGGACAGCCAAGUAGGAAGCGAAAACGAUCUAAAAGUGCAGUUGUUGAAAAUGCAAUAAAUGAGAGUCCCAUGAAACGGCAGAAGGUCCAUAUAGAUGCUGCAGACCAAACUUAUCAAACUGAGUCAGAUUCUAACGAAAAGGUUUGGUCAAAGAAUAACGCAGAGCUUGACGAAUUCAUGGAGGAUGCAGUCAAAAUCCUACGAGGGCAGUCUGCUGACUUGUUCCCCGAAAGUGUCAUUGACCAGCUCUUCAAAGACACUUUUGAGUCCGACAUCUUCCUGACUUCCGGCGACUAUUUUGUCGUGGAUCCCCUCGUGUUCUUCACUUCAGAGUUUGAACAGGAAAUCAACAGUCUGUGAUUGGACCGAUGCUGAAGAAGUUGAUGACCCGCAGUCUUUCAAUUUGACAUUUGAUAAAUAGCCUUUGGCAGUUUUUCGAUAAAACAACUUUUAAGCAGUGUUUAAUUAUGUGUCAAUUUUCUAGUAUGCACGGAAAUAUUUAUUGUAUAAAGAGUUUUCGUGUACUUUUCUCUAUAGAGCUUUGAUAGUAAAAGCCAAUAAACUGUUUUACAAUUGCAUGUAUCCAGAUCAUUUAAAAUAAAAUUGU